AUGGCUCCUGACAAGAAAGAAAAGAAGCGCAAGGCUGCGCCCGCGCCGACUGAUCCUCCAACCAAAAAGUCCAAGAAGGUCGAACAACCAUCAGAAGCGCCUGCCAAGUCUAUUUUGAAGAAAAAAGAGAGCAAAAAAGACAUCAAAAAAUCCGCAGAGGCUACUGGAGAAGCCAAUGCCAAGGCCAACGGCGAGUCGACUCGCAAGAAAACCUCGUCUCGCAAGCGUGCAAGCGACUUUUUGAGCGACGAGAACGAGUCCGAUGGAGAACCCGCAAAGAAGCAGACCAAGGAAGCAGCAGGAAAAAAGAAAAGCAAAAAGGUCGAGGUGGCAGAACAGGUUCCCGAGGCAGAGGAAGAAAAUGCCGAAGAUGAGGUUGACGACCAGACCGCAGAUCUCAUCAAGGGCUUCGAGAGCAGCGGGGACGAGGAGGAUGCAUCCGAUGACGAGGGACUAGAGUCUGGAAAACCCGUGCCACGCAUCCCAGAUUCCAAAAAGACCAAGAGGAAAAUCCAGAAGAAGCUCAAAAGCAACGGAGAGCCCGAGAGUCCAGGCGCCGUAUACGUUGGACGUAUUCCACACGGUUUCUACGAGCAUCAAAUGCGCGCCUACUUUUCGCAAUUCGGAGACAUCACUCGUCUGCGUCUUUCCCGUAACCGAGUCACCGGCAGCUCCAAGCACUACGCCUUUAUCGAGUUUGCUUCUGCCACCGUCGCCAAGAUUGCCGCCGAGACGAUGAACAAUUACCUGAUGUACGGCCAUAUCCUCAAGUGCAAGUACAUUCCGCAGGAGCAGCAGCACCCGGAGCUGUGGAAGGGAGCCAAUCGUCGGUACAAGCCCGUGCCAUGGACCAAGAUUGACAAGCAACGACUGGACCGUGGCAAGACGCGCGACAAGUGGACAAAGAGCAUCGAGGCCGAGGAAAAGCGCCGUGUCGCCAAGGCGGAAAAAAUGAAAACGCUCGGGUAUGACUUUGAGCUGCCCACCUUGAAGGGUGUCAGCGAGGUGCCUGUGCAGGAGACCCCGGCUGCUAUUGAAGCCGGCUCGGAUGCUGCGGCUGCGCCCAAGGAAAUUGAGCCUGUUGCUGCUGUUGCCGUCGUAGAGGAAGCUGAGAAGACUCCUAAAAAGUCGGUCAAGGCAAAAGAGGAAGAAGCUACACCAGUAUCCAAAGCCGCAAAUACGGAAAAGGCAACCCCUUCGUCGGCAAAGUCCGAAGGCAAAAAGACGAAAAAGUCCCCUGGAAAGGCCAAGAAAGCCAAAGCUUGA